AUGUCGUCCCCCGGCUCGCCCAGCGCCAACGCAGGCGCCUCCAAAAACUCGUCCGAGCAGGUCACCUUCAAGUUCUGCCCCGAGUGCUCCAACAUGCUCUACCCGAAGGAGGAUAAAGACGCCCGCCGACUCAUGUACACAUGUCGAACCUGCCAGCACACCGAGGAGGCCACUUCCAACUGCAUCUACCGCAACGUCUUGAGGAACACGGUCGGCGAGACCGCCGGCGUCACUCAGGACGUUGCCUCCGAUCCCACGGUUGGUGAUGCCCCUCAUUCGUCUCCCUCUUCCUCCUCCAUCUCCUCCAAGAAAUCUGCGCUUGUCAUCUGCGGCUGCUGCGGCCAGGUCAUCAUGUGCUCUGAUUGUGGACUGCACCCGGCCGUUGUCUCCGGCAACGACAAACACGACGACGACAUGCCUUCCAGCCCGCCCGAGACCUACCAGGAGGAGCUCCUCGAGCAGAUGAUCAUCGAUGACGAUGCUCUCGACCGCAUGAUGAACAAAAUUGUCGACAUGGCCGGCAUCAUGGAGCUGGACGAGGACAUGGAUGACUGGGAGCCCGAGAACGAGCCUGUAACUGCGAACCAGGACGUCAAAAGCAGCCCCAGCAAAGCCGUCGCUGCCUAG